CAAUAACGCAAAAUAGGCCGUGCUAAUGGUGUUGGUGUCUGGAUCUAUUUUUACCACUCCUCUUGGCUUUGUUUUACUGAAAUAUAAAUGUACGUAUGAAAAAAUAGCGAUCCAGAUACAGGUGCAGUUCUGUCAGGUCACCUCGAUUUACCACUUUGAUUGCCCCCUCUCCUGACGACUCCCACACGAUUCGCACAAAAAAUUAUACCUGCUCCCCAGGCGGAUUUGUAUUUUGUUUUUACUUUUUCUUUUUUCGAAUCGGAGCUACGAGGUCCUUUUCCUUUUUUUUUCCCUCACUACUCGCAUAAGCAGUAACUAAUUACCCCAGCGCCGAUUUAUUUCGAAGUUCCUACUACACCGCCAAAGACAUUAACAUUAUGAACCAGAACACCAUGGGCACGGCAAUGUCAAACUCAAACACGACUGGGAACGCAGCGAACCACGCAGUUCCUGCAACCACCUCCAGUAACUCCACCUCCACAACUUCCUCGAAUAAAGCCAAUGUUAAAAAACGGCUCCGCACCAUCAAGAUUCGUAACAUGAGUGGCUCCAAAGUCGUCGAACAGCUUGUGGACCCGACAAAAGUAAGAACAGUCGCAGAUCUGUGCAACCAAGACGUCAUUCUCGACGCCAUUUUGGCCGAAGAAGAGCUGCGGCCGCCGGUCCAUCGUUUAAAGUGGCUGUAUUGGAGGGCGGGGGAUGAAGAAGAGUGUUGGGAAAAUGAUAAUGAUGCUGAGCAGGAGGAGCCUUACCACGAUGAAGAUGAUCUCGCAGUUGCGAUGGAAGGGAAGAGCAAUCAAAAUAUUACCUCGUCCACAGGAACUAGUACACGUGGGACCUCCGCACCAGACAGCCUUGUUCCCUAUGAGCAUGAUCACCCAGAGGCGUUUUUGGACCCCGCAACCGAGAUUGACUACUACGGAGAUCAGGCUGAGGAAGCUGAUGACUAUGACGACCAGCGGGAUGUUGCUGCAGCAAGCGUUAACAAUAACAACAAAAAACGCCGAAAAAUAACCCGUCGUUCUACAACUCCAUACUUCCAGUUCGUGAUCUCUGCGGGGGAGUUCGACCGCGAGAAAUUUUUGGCGGGAAGACCUGCGGAGGAGGUUUUCAAAAGUGGUGAUGCUUUCGGGGACCAGCUGCAGGACGUCUUUGAAAACCUCACCCUGGAACAAGGUCAAAGCUUCCUAUACGACCGCAGCUGGGAGGUCAUCGAGAGCCUGCUGCUGGAGCUGAAAGCGCACGCCGGGUUGAAAGAAUACGAAGAGGCGAAGAAAUACUGUCCUGAGCUUCUGCCAGAAACGUGGUUGCCGUUCGGGGGACAAGCCGAACAAGCCGAAAUAUCAAAUGCAAAAAUGUCUGGGAGGUCUGGAAGAAUGUGGAUGCAAGUUUGUCAUGCUUGUCUGGCAUGACUGGGGAGUUUGUGAUGCGUGUCCAAGAAGAGAGCCUUUUGCCUGGUGUCAUGCAAAAACGCAGCUUGUCAUGCGAAGAGCGCAACACUAAGUAGCGCAGAUAUUUCUCAUGCUGGGCUGUGCAUUGCAGAGCAUUCACUAUUCCCAACCGAGCAUUACAAGUUUCCAGAUUCAGACUUUUUUGCACUUGAUACGAAAGCGAUGAAACUGCGCGGGAUAAAAUCGACGAGCUCUACAACCGGAAAAAGCAGAUCAGCUAUCAAACGCAAAAAUGUCUGGGUCUGGAAGGAUGCAAACUUGUGAUGCGUGUUGCGGAUCAUACACAAAUCUGUGUUGCAUGACUUGCAAAAGGUCCCCAUUUCUGGCCAUGCUGAGAGGGCAUUUCUCAUGCAGAGUAGGCAUCACCAAGGGGCUGCAGAAUCUGUGACGCUACGCCCUGCAUUCCAGACUUGGCAGAGCUUGUAAAAACCGCAUGACAAAUCUCGGAAUCUUCCAGACCCAGACAUAUUUGCAAUCCAUAUCGGUGUGAUUUUGGCAAUUACGACGGCCAUCUUCUCGCUCCCGCAGCGGGAAUGGGCCAAGCACGAGAAGCUUUUCGGCGGGCGGUAUUUCGCGUGGGAGCAGCGGGAGAGAUACGCGAGACGGCUGCGGGUCCAGCUGUUCCGGCACGACGAUGCCGCUGCUUUCAAGUGGUUUGACUCGAUGCACUCGAGCGAGUCACGGCGUAUCAAAUGCAAAAAUGUCUGGGUGUGGAAGGGUUGGAACUUGUGACGCAAACUCUGGAACACACAAAAAUUUGUGUUGCAUGAGCGCCAAAAGCUGUCCAUUUCUUGGCACGCAAGUAGGAAGUUUCUCAUGCGGCAGAGGCAUCAUGAGGCGUGCUCAAAACCUGUGAUGCUUUUGCCUGCAUCAGACGCCAUUUGCGUGAUCCGAAAUAUGCAUGACAAAUCUCGCAAUCUUCCAGACCCAGACACUUUUACACUUGAUACGGCGAGACGCAGACCGAAAAGCGCUUGUGGAGACACAGAAGGAGGAGCUCUGCAAACUGAUCUUUGCCGUGUCCAAUAUGGACGGAAUGGCCGCGGCGGAGGAGAUUGGCGUUCUCUUUCUUACCGGCUUGAAAAAGUUCGAUUUCUUCCGAGGGAUCUACAACGGGGACGGAGACUGUGACCUCGCGUUCAAGAUGUUGGUCCACAACUUAGAGCGGCAAUCGAGCUGCAACGAAAAGAACAAGGACGAGCUGUUGGCGUUUUGCAAAGCUCUGGACGAGAAGGAAUUUACAAAAGAAAGAAUUCAACUGCAAGCGCAAGCCGCAGUGGCACACUAUGCCGAUACCUGCGACUACAUGUGGAAGAGGGAUGGAUUUUUUGGUGCAUCCGAUGUUGGUGGAGAAGAAGAAGAAGAUGACAGUGAUGAAGAAGAUGAAAACGAAGACGAAAACAACGACAUCACCCAGCACAGAACCAGUACGAAUGCGGCCACUUCCGCGGUACAACCACAAACGCCCGUUAUAGAGUCACAGUCGGAUCAAAAGAAAAACUAUCGAGCAAACUCGUUACGUCUCGCGGAACUGUUCGACCAGCACUUCGCGGAUGGGUUACGGGCUCUGGACCACAUCGUGUGGCGGUUGAUCCAUCCACACUUACCGAGAAGAGCAGUCCCCAACAAGGAGCACCCGCGGCGGCGGAUGAACCUGGUCGGCACCGAAUUCGAAGACGAUCCGUACUUGGUUUACGACUUCAAGCCGCUCAAGUGCCGGCUGGAAAUGAUUAUGGAAGCGUGCGAGUUCAAAAACGACAUCCUGCACGACCUCGGGGUAGUCGACAAGUUCCGGGCGGCGCUGGAGGAAAAGUAUGGCGACGAGAUUCCGCUGCCAUGGAGUGAGGUGGAACAGUUGUGGGCACAGGAGGAUGACGAGGCUGUUGGGGGGGAAGAUUCGUUUGAGGACGAUGUUGCGGAGGACGAUGAAGACGAGAUUCUCGACGGUUGAGGGUGGGGAGAGAAGGACAGCGAGGAGCAUAAGCAAUUCGAGUUGUAGUUGUUCUUUCCGUUAUUUCUUUGCCAGUGGUCGUGUACUACGACAAAGACAUGUGUUGAUGCGCCAGAUCGCUUGAAGGAAGUAGAUCUGUUUGGGAUGUUAAAGAUGUUGACAGUGCGGCUUUUAAGCGGUGAUGUGUCGUACAACGGAGUUUAUUUUCAACUGGGAUUGCAGUGACUUCACAGUCCGUCUCCGUGGGAAAGAAAAG